AUGGCGGCGAAUUUAGAUUCGUCUCCAACUACGAUACACAACGACUCGCUGUCGUUUCGAAGGGUCAAGCCACUGCCCAAGCGGAGGCGGACGGCUGGCGCGGGCACACGCACGGGCUACGAUCAAGCUGAGAUCAACUCAUUUAGCUUUCAUGAGCCUCAGGCGCUCGCAGCGCUUGCUGACGUGCAAGCACGGCCCUAUUUCAGCCCACUGUCCGCCCAGCAAGCCAUCCGGGAGCUCUUUACAAACGACAGUCCAGAUCCACGUAUUCUUGCAGACUUUACAGGUCUGUACGCAAACCCGACGUCGCCUCCUUAUCGCACGACGGCUCACCAUGAAGACGAGCGCGAGGAACCGCUCGAGGGAGAGUAUGUGGAUCAUUUCCAACUUCCUUCCAACACCAAAAAGCGUAAAGUUCCUGGGAUCAACCACUCGACGGCGUUUGGCGCCAGUGAGCCAGUAGGACUUGGCUUGGGGACGACUCAGCAGCACACAGAGAACGUCUCGGAAGAGGGAGCAACGUCCUCUCCAACUCAGCGUUACAGGGAGAACAGCAUGGAUGAUUCAGAGGCUACGUUGGCCCCGAACAAGUCUAUUUUGCCGCUGCGUGCGGCCAAGAAUCAAAGACAGUCGUUGAUCACGCGAGCUGGAUUGAGAAGAAAGGCGUUGAUCAACUCUAGGAGAAAACAGUUCUUCUCCGUGUUGGAAGAACUGCCUGAAUGCGAUCCUCUUGCAAUCGAGCUGGCCCUCGCUGCACGAUAUCCCCAGCUAGACCUGUUAUUCGAUUCUGGACCACGCGAUCCGCUGCGAAACUCGCGGAGAUCGAACCCAAAGUCGUCGAUCUCUGUAUCGUCUGCGGCAUCCGACGAGGCUGCACCCAAGGCUCCCAGUGGGCGUUUUACGUUUACUCAUCCAUGCUCAUCAUCAAAUCGAAUGAUUGUGAUCAAGGCUGAAGCCGAGCGAUGUCAAUUGCUUUUCGCAAAGGAGCUCGAGUUACAUACCGAGCGGGCCAUUGUGGCUGCCGAAAAGGUUGCGGCCACCGCUGAGCCUCCUGCAAAGAGCAGAAAGCGUGCGGCUCCAACAAAUCAGCCCAACCUUGCUUUGGCUCCUCGUCUCGACAGCGACUCGCUCUCUGGAGACCAAUCACUGUUUGGGAAGAAUCGCCAGAAGAAGAAGAAACGCUCGGCGCUCGCCAAUGCAUCUAAUCCACACCAUUUGCGCAACUAUGUGCCUUCGAGACUCCCUCAGCAAGCACCGCCAAUGACACAGGCAUCUUUGGCUGCCGCCAACUUUCUCAGCGUCGGGCGAGACAUGACGAGGUCUGUCGCUCUUAGCGCCACCUUGGUCUCCCCCAUCGACGAGUGGAUCUGUGCAACAUGCGAGUAUAGCCUAUUCUACGGGGAUGAGAAUGCGUUUCGCAAGGCAGUGCGAAACCGCAAACGCAUCCUCUUACGUCGUCGAAAGGCUAGAGAGCGUGCUGCAGCUGCCGCAGGAACUAUUGCUCCUGCUAUCCCCGACAAGAGUGCAAACAUCGAGCAUCCGGAUAUUGAUCUGCCUAUUCGCGAUGUACCUCUAGCGGCGACGGCGCAGCCCCGCGUUAGGAGACAAGUGGCCGGUGCAGAUGUAUCCGACACGCUCAAAUGA